AUGGCUAGAAAUGAUUUUGUUGUUGGUGGUGGUGGUCAUGGAGUGGGAGUAGGUCUCAAUAUCUUGGCAGACAACUUGGGCGGCCUGCUUUUGGUUUGCAUGGUUCUUAUGUCUCUCUCACUCAUAUCUAUGGUCAUAUUUGCUUGUGGAUCAAGCAAGAGAGGGAGGGGUGGCGGUGGUGGAGGGGGUGGUUGUGGAGGUGGUGGUUGUGGAGCUGGUGGUGGAGGUGGAGGUGGUGGUUGUGGAGGUGGUGGAGGCGGUGGUUGUGGAGCUGGUGGUGGAGGUGGAGGUGGUGGUUGUGGAGGUGGUGGAGGCGGUGGUGGUGGAGGUGGUGGUUGUGGAGGUGGAGGUGGUGGUUGUUAG